CGACAUUGAUAGACUGUAAAUCAAAAUAUUACUCUUGUUUGUUAUUUAUUAGUUAAUCCUCAAGCCAGAUAUUUAAACACUAGAUUUGGUGUUUAUCAUCAUAUUUGAAUAUUUUAUAGUUUAAUGUAAUUCGUUAAGAAUUUACAUAUCUUAAAUAAUAAAGUAGAGUUUUGUCUCUCACUCUUUGCGCUACGUCAUCAGGUAGAGGAGGGCAAAUCUCGACACGUGUUGGCACCACAGGCCUUCUCCCGAAUUUCGUCUUACGCGGUCAUAUCCUCAUCUGGGUUUCGGAGUAAAUCAUCAUUUGGGCUUCGUCAUUUAGGCUUGUGGCCCGUUAGGUUAAGACAUCUCCUUUGCCUCUUCCACAGCGCGUCCAUGGCGACGAGAUCUAUGAGCGCCGUAAACUCUCUGUAACGUAUCUUCAGCCAUUACUCUGUUUAUCAUUAUGCUGUAUCGGUGAUUACUCCGCUUCGCCCACUCCCAGCAUUCAAGUUACCUCUUCGUCUUCCACUAUAACCGGCUUAAUCCUUUGCUAUAAAUAUUGCACCUUUCUGCGAUGGUUAGAACAACUCAAACGACAUCAAGAAUCAUACUUUCUCCCAGCAAACGAUUUCAAUGGCGUCUUCCAACACUCUCCUUGCUAAUCUGCGAGCCGGACGGUGCUCAAACACUGCAGAGGUUCGUCGUAUGAGGUUUUGGGAGGCCAGAAAUAUCAUUAAAGGCGGAGAGCUCAUCAGUGUUGACAUGUUGUUCAUCGAUGAGAAUUCCACGAUGGUGCAAGGGUCUAUUCCUGCUCUCCGACAGCUUCAGUUCAAGAAUCGUCUCGUCGAAGGAUCUAUAUACACUCUUACCGGCUUCGAUGUGGUGCGCAGCAACCCUAAGUUUCGUUUAUCUGAUUCGGCCUUCUCUAUCCGUUUCAACGAGGGCACUGAACUUGAGAAGUUGUCAACCACUGUUCGGACCAUACCUACAGAACAGUUUCGUUUCCGAACAUACGACCAACUACGUGAGCUAGCAAACACCGGCAAACAACUCCAUGACAUCAUGGGAGAGCUUUGUCAAAUUAGGAGCACAAUAACUGGUCGUAUUCCUGGUGCUCAGCGCGUUAUGCUUAAUCUGCGUCUAGAAAGUGGUACAGUUGUUUGUGUUAGUCUGUUUGACUCUUUAUCUCAUGCAUUCCAUAGCAAGCUCGAUAGCUAUGAGAGAGAGCCAAAAAUUGUUCUGGUUACCGGUGUGAAUCCUACGAUAUUUGCGGGGAAGUUAUAUCUGAAUGGCACAUCUGCCACACGUGUUUUCUUUGACUCUGAGACUGCAGUAGGAAAGGAUGCAGUUGACAGAUUGCCAAGUGACGGGACUGACCAGUCAGCGUCUUCAUCAAAGGUGGUACACGCACAGAAGAUUGAGCCUAUGACAAUUCUGAUCUUAACCAAUUCGUUAUUACCGCUGAUCCCCAGGUCGUUGAGUUUUUGUGUACGGCUAAAGUGACUGAUAUACAAGUAGCAGAGGGUUGGUGUUAUAUUGGCUGCUCUGUUUGCUCCAAGAAACUCAUCCGAGAGGAGACCUCAUUUACAUGUGCUCCAUGCAAUGAGACCAAUGCUGUUGCUCAACUCAGGUACCGGGUGAUACUCUCUGUGUCAGAUGAGACUGGCAUAGCGGCUUUCCUUGGAUUUGACACAGAGAUCACUAAGCUGACUAAUGUUUUAGCUGCUGAAGCUGCACAGAUUUUGGGGGUAGGUCUUAAUGCUCAGGUUGACACUGAUCUGCCGCGAGUACUGUCUGAACUUGUGGGAAAGACAUAUACUUUCCAGCUCAAGCUAAAGGACUUCAAUUUUACUGCAAACCACCAGACAUUCACCAUUUCCCGCAUAUUCCCUGCACGUGAUCUCGCAUCUGAACACCAGCUUUGUCAUGUUUUUAACAGGAAAAUGUUGAGGUUCACGAGCAAGCCCAUCUUCAGAAUGUGGCACCGGGAACAGAUGACAGAGCUGCAAACACGUCCGAUGUUGCAGAGGUGUCCACCGCAGGUCGUGAAGCAGAAACGAAUGAAGACGAUGCUGCGGAAGAUAACGCCUCUAAGAAAGCACGAGUGGAAUGAGUAUCAUCGCAGAAUCCAGACAACCAGUCUUAAUCAGUUGCUGUUUUCAUCUUUCAGUUUCGCUUUUGCCGUUUUUUUUUCUUCUGAACAAAACUCUGAGUCGUGGUUGUCCGUUUUUCUUUUAUCAAAUAAAAUCUUAAAACAAUCAACAUGUGCAUGUGUUGGAUUUUUUUUUUUUUUUAAAUCACAUAUAUAUAUAUAUAAUCUGCCCGUUAUAACGGGAAUCAGAUGCGGUUACAAGCUCGUUUUGAACAAAAGCAUCAAAGUCAAUCUAUUACAAGUCUAGUUUCGCCCACCCACUAAACCCGGCACGUUCUACUUGUUUGUUUUUCGAAAUUCUUCGAUAUCGGUAACCGUUCUCAACCAUCAACGUUGGUUCUUAGGAAAGUGAGGUUCUCCUUGUUGCCUUGGAUGCCGGGAUUUCCCUUGACGUUUCCAGAGUAGCUGGUUCCCGAUGAUCUCCACGAAGCUAAUAACCUUAUCUGUCUAUGAAGCUCAUGACGACCGUAGGAGAGGAUUCAGAUACUUACCAAGGACCUUGCAAUUGCCACCAAAGCCGGUUUGUAUGUAACGCCACACAACGUUUUGAACCGCAUCUCAAAUCGAGCAAGCACUCGCCACGACCGCCAACGAUACCUGCAAGAAGACGGGCAGGAAGCACCGCCACUUCCAAUCUAGCUAGUCUCAGCACUUAAUAGGAAAAUCAGGCACACCACCACGACAGCUCCAAGAGCUAAAGUGGUCCUCGGAAGCGGCCUAGAUCAAACGGAGACACCGAGGCGUGAAUGACUCCCGAGCACAGCCUCACCAUUUGAUGCCCUUGAGAACCAAGGCCAAUGACCUAUAUGUGUGAAGCUUCCUCCGGUGUCCAUGGAGAAAAGCUUAUCCGUUGAAACCACGAGACAGAACCCGACAAAGGUAUGAACAAAGCCAGGAAAGCUAAAUCAUAGGCCGUGAAGAUGGAAUCCGAAGUGAAGCGUCCGAACAAGCUGACCACAUGAAGCCAUAGACGACAUCCUGCUACCAUCAACCCAAUCAUUCACACGAGCUGAAACUGGGAACAUAGCACCAUCACCGCCUGCGUGCAUCUGCCCAGGACUCGCCUCCGAUCUGAGAAAGCACCGGAGCUCACCUCACCGUGAAACCACCAGUAGCUGAGACGGUGCCGGAUCUGAAGGCCUUGCGCAUGGCUUCAAACCUGGUCGCAACCCCACUGCAGAUCCACGAGCAUCUUGGCAAGGAAGACGAAGAGACGACGAACAGCAAAAGGAAAAAGAGGAACUAGGGAGGAGAGGUCCUCCGGCGCCGGCACGCGCGCGCAUGCACCGCCGGACGCCGGAGACAAACUUGAGAGACGAUGAAGGGUCCGAGAGCUAGAGGAGAGAGAGAGGAUAGAGGAGAGAGAGAGAUGCUGUAAAUCAUGUGUUGGAUUUAUAUAUUCUAUCUUCGUGAUUAUUUUCAUGAUCGAAUUGAUAGCGAUUGCCAUACUUAUAAAACAUAUCAUGUGUUAAAAUUUCUAACGAAAUAAACAUUAUUGAUAGAUUCUAAUGCAUUUAGCUUUGGCAAUUAACACUUAACUAUUCCAGAACUUAAAAAAUUGCAUGAAAACUGUGAGGACUGUUUUGUUAUUCGUAUUUGAAAAAACUGACAACAGUGCGAGUCUUGAUGUACGUUAGAAAGCUAAAAAUUAUUUUCUUCACCUGAAUGAAACACUUUUCGCCUGAGUACAGAGCAGAGUCCUUGAAACUCCUCCAAGAAAGAAGAACACUACUCGGUCAUACUCAUUUUUUUAAGGCUUUCUUUAUCAAAAAUAUAUUACAACCAAAUAAAGGCGGAAAACACCAAAAAUAUAACAAGCAUAUUGAACCUAAUUCUGAUAAUUAGUUUAAAUCUGAUUCUACUUCUAACAUAUUGAAAUAAAUAUAUCUACUCCAUAUAUUAGCUAGACCAUAUAAAACAUAUUUUUAAAUACACGACCAACUCCGUAUAGCAAUGACAAUACUUCCCACUCGGCGCUACAAACGAACACACAUAUGUUACUACGUAAAUGAAUAGAGUAUAUCUAAAUAAUAAACUAUAAAUACAAAAUUAAACUAUCAAAUAAUUCUCCUCUUCGUCGUUUACAACAAAUUUGUUCAUUUCUUACAGUUCAAGUAUUGAUUUAAUAGUAUAUAAAAAUAUAUAUAGAAACAGCUCAGUUAAAGAGUUUAAUACUACUAAAAUAAAUCCUCUUGAACGUAUCUCUUAGAAACUACAUAACAAUUAUGCCACAAUUUUUUUAAAAAAGAAUUUAGACAAACCCAAACACAACCAACCCAUAACAAUUAUGUUUAUCAUACUUUCAGCGUCCCAUUGCAAAACAAAAUUCUACGGUCCCUAACCACAAUAUAAUGUACACAAAAAUAUUAGUCUCAAAUAUGUACACAGUAUAUUAGUCUCGAAUCUCUAACACAAUUCAUCCACCAUAUUCAAAAACCAGUUCAAAGAAAAAACUAAUCAAGCUAGAACUGCUCAAUGCUUGAGUAUGGUUAAGAAUUCACUAAAAGAAAUCAGAGUAGU